UCGGUGCCGUCGGGCCCCGGUGCCGGCUCGGCGGUGCGGGCGGCAGAUGUGCGGGGCAUGCGGCGGCGGUAGGAGGGUGUCGGGGAUGGGCGGCCGGGGUCUGCCGGUGCCGCUGGUGCUGGGGCUGCUGCUGGGGCUGCCGGCGGCGGGGCGCGCCGCUUCCAAAGCGCUGGUGUGCCAGGAGAUCACGGUGCCGAUGUGCAAGGGCAUCGGCUACAACCUCACCUACAUGCCCAACCAGUUCAACCACGACACGCAGGACGAAGCCGGGCUGGAGGUGCACCAGUUCUGGCCGCUGGUGGAGAUCCAGUGCUCCCCGGACCUGCGGUUCUUCCUCUGCAGCAUGUACACCCCCAUCUGCCUGCCCGACUACACCAAGCCGCUGCCCCCCUGCCGCUCCGUCUGCGAGCGGGCCAAGGCGGGCUGCUCGCCCAUCAUGCAGCAGUACGGCUUCGCCUGGCCCGAGAGGAUGAGCUGCGACAGCCUGCCGGUGCUGGGGGACACCGAGGUGCUCUGCAUGGGCUACAACCGCACGGAAGCCACCACCCUGCCACCCUUCUUCGGGAAGCCCACCCGCCCAGGCAAAGAGGCGGCCAAAAACCUGACACCGCUGGGCGGGCAGCGCCCCUCGGGGAUGGACUGCGGCCGGACCUGCAAGUGCAAAGCUCCCCUCGUCCCCAUCUCCAAAGAGUCCCAUCCGCUCUACAACCGCAUCAGGACCGGGCAGGUACCCAACUGUGCCAUCCCCUGCUACCAGCCCUACUUCACCCAGGAUGAGAAGACUUUUGCCACCUUCUGGAUCGGCCUCUGGUCCAUCCUCUGCUUCCUCUCCACCUCCACCACCGUGGCCACCUUCCUCAUCGACAUGGAGCGCUUCAAGUACCCUGAACGUCCCAUCAUCUUCCUCUCUGCUUGUUACCUCUUCGUCUCCGUGGGCUACAUCGUGCGGCUGGUGGCAGGGCACGCCAACGUGGCGUGCAACCUGGAGCACCACCACAUCCACUACGAGACCACUGGCCCUGCCCUCUGCACCGUGGUUUUCCUCCUUCUCUACUUCUUCGGCAUGGCCAGCUCCAUCUGGUGGGUCAUCCUGUCCCUCACCUGGUUCCUGGCAGCCGGCAUGAAGUGGGGCAACGAGGCCAUUGCCAGCUAUGCCCAGUACUUCCACCUGGCUGCCUGGCUCAUCCCUAGUGCCAAAUCCAUCGCCGUGCUGGCGCUCAGCUCCGUGGAUGGUGACCCGGUGGCUGGGGUUUGCUACGUGGGCAACCAGAGCCUGGAGAACCUGCGUGGCUUUGUGCUGGCACCGCUGGUGGUUUACCUCUUCACCGGCAGCCUCUUCCUGCUGGCCGGCUUCGUCUCACUCUUCCGCAUCCGCAGCGUGAUCAAGCAGGGGGGCACCAAGACCGACAAGCUGGAGAAGCUGAUGAUCCGCAUCGGCAUCUUCACCGUGCUCUACACCGUGCCCGCCACCAUCGUCAUCGCCUGCUACAUCUACGAGCAGCACAACCGAGAGGCCUGGGAGCGGGCACAGAACUGCUCCUGCCCGGGGGACCCGCACCGCCCCAAGCCCGACUACGCCGUCUUCAUGCUCAAGUACUUCAUGUGCCUCGUGGUGGGCAUCACCUCCGGCGUCUGGAUCUGGUCGGGGAAGACACUGGAGUCCUGGAGGCGUUUCACAUGGCGCUGCUGCCGGGCCAGGAAGCCGGCCGGGGCCGCCGUGUACGGCGAGGCCAGCCCGGCACUGGCGGGCAGGACGGUGCUGCCCAGCAUGGCCUCCUACCACAAGCAGGUCCCGCUGUCCCACGUGUGACCAUAGGGAGCCUCGGUGACCCCAGCCGCAGGGAGGAGAGGGUUGCAAAGACCCUGGGCCGCAGAAGAAGGGGGGGUGGCAGCCGGGCCACCCCCGGCAUCCUCAGCCCCACCGUGGCGGUGCUGCCCCGGACUGAGCGAGCGUGCUCGGGGGGCGGGUUGCAGCCCCGGGCAGGGCAAGGAGAGGUGAUGUCAGCGAUGUGGGGGCAGAGGGACGGGAAAGCCAGGAGUCUGGCACUGCUGCGAGUGACCCCUUUGGGGUCCCACGCCCUGUUUGGGUCCUGGAGUGCUGCUGCCCGCCGGCCAGUUGGGCAAUGGCUCACCCCUGAGCGCUUGUUUGCGUCCCAGAGCCCGGCGGGGUGCGAGGGGACAGUGGGACGGUGUCCCCAGGACCCCCGUGUGGCGGUGGAGAGUGCCGAUGCUGCCACUGCCCCCACGGUCAGCAGCAGCGUGCUGACCCGAGGGCUGGAGGGGGCAGCUGUGGGGCCGGGGGCUCCACGGGCAGUGGGGGUGCGGCAAGAGCUCGGGGCUGCAGAGAGGAGGCUCCCCGGGGGUGUGUGCUCCUGCAGCGGGCAGGGGCUGUGUGCAGGGGGGUUCUGUCUGUCUGUCUCUCCCGGGGAGCGGCAGGGUUUGCCAGCCAGCCACCUUCAGCACUUCUGGCUGCUUUUUUCCAAAGCUGCGCCUCUGUUGGAGAAGCGCUGGGGCUGAGAGCGAGCAGUUAAUGCAGGAAGUCCCCGCAGCGGCUCCAGCUGCCCUCCUCCCCCUUCCCCGGGCCGGGCAGCACCGAGCACUGUCAGGAGUGGUGCCUGGUGACAGCUGAGCUCCCACAAGCAGAAUGAUGGGUUGUGGGGACUGUUGUCACCUUCACUGAGGGCAGCGAGGGUGAGGGGCUCACAGGAGGGAAAGGUCGAUGCCUUUGGCUUCACCCUAGUCGUGAAAGCACCCGAUUUUGUGGUGGUUUUUUUUGUUUGUUUUUUUUUUUUUACCCUAAGCAGUGACUGUGUGUGUAACCACCCAGCCAGCUUGAGUCCUUGUUUCCCCUCCUUCAAAUAUGGCACUGUGACCUGGCUGCUCAAACAGCUGUUGGCUUUGCUCCUGCAGGACUGCCAGGAUCCGAGGUUGUUCUCAACACCCUUGGGCCACUUCAGUCAAGAAGGUUUCCACCUCAUUUUAAACCCAGAGCCUGGGAAGUGCCUGGAGUGGCCCAUGUGCUGAUAAAGGUACGGUGGAGCAGCUCAGGAGUGCUGUGGGGCAGUGGAGGGCAGGCUCAGCACCCUGCUCUCACCAGCAUGGUGCAGUGGUUCCCCAUGGGCAGAACUGCCCCGAGUUGUGUCACAGACUGUGAGUAGCUGUGUGGCAGCUGGGUCUGUGCACAGAGCAGUGCCCUUUGGUAGGGGUUUGGGACAGGUGUGUUCCGGGCAGGUCAGGUGCUGUGGGUAGCUGUGUUGUAAUCCAGGGCAUUAAAUGACUCCAACCUGCUCCAAUCCACGCCUUGCUGGACUCCUCUCUCUCUGUAGUGCCUUCUGUAGAUACAGCUGAACACACAUCACGCAAUACAAUGAACAAAACCGUGUCAAAGGUGGUGUUUUGUUGUUUUUGUUUUUUUUUCAAAGUGCAACUGACUGUGUAAAGCUUUUUUUUUUUUUUAAUAAAAAAACAAUAAUCCAAGAUUAGCAACAAACGGUUGCCUAUUGAAAAAACAAAUGCAAGAGCAUUUUGAGCUUUGAUCUAACGUGGGUUAGAACAGGCAGCUUGUGUUUGAGCCUGGCUCUCAGCAACAAGUGGCAGGAGGGGGGAAGGAGCCAUGGCCAUGUGCACUGUGUGCUGGAGCCAGUUUACAUGUUGGUUUUUGCCUUUGCCCUUACUGGUGCUGCUCAACCUUGUUUAAAUAACUGCAUUCUGUUUUGUGAAAAGAUGAAGAUCUUUUAUUCAAAGAGAAGUAUUGUGUUUAGUUAUUUAUGAAGAGAAAAAAACCAAAACCACGGAACA